AUUAAGUUUGUUCAGUCACUCCGAUCAAGCAGAUCACCAUGAAGGUCUUUGUCGUUCUCGCCGUAAUCCUGGCCGUGUCCAGUGCCGCCCCGCAGUUUGGUGGUGGCAAUGCCAACGCAAAUGCCAAUGCCGCUGCCAAUGCCGAGGGUGAGGGUGGAUUCAGUGGACCAGGAUUCGGCGGACAAGGUGGUUUCAACAAAAGAGGAGGACCAGGUGGAUUUGGAGGACCAGGUGGAUUUGAAGGACAAGGUGGAUUUGGAAGACCAGGUGGACCUGGAGGAUUCGAAGGAGGAUUCGGAGGUCAGGGUGGACCUGGAGGAUUCGGAGGACCAGGUGGACCUGGAGGAUUCGAAGGACCAGGUGGAUUCGGAGGACCUGGCGGAUUCGGUGGUAACUCUAAUGCCAACGCUAAUGCCAAUGCUGUCGCCAACGCUGAGGGAUUUGGCGGUGCUAAUGCCAAUGCCAAUGCUAACGCUAAUGCCAAUGCCAACUCCCGAGGAGGCGAUGCUAAUGCUAACGCCAGUGCAUCUGCCAACUCCUUCGGUAAAUAAGCAACAGGAUCCGAAUUUCUUCACUGAUUAGUUUUUUAAUAUUUAUAUAAAUAAAAAAACACACAAAAAACUA